CUAUCUCGUAACGGGCUGAACUGAAAAUCACAAUCCAAUACAUUUCCAUGAACCUAAACGCGUCGUUAGAUCUACUCUAUUAAUUUUACCAGCUAAUAACUACGGUAGUCUUUAAUUUUAGUCGGCUACUAUAGCUGCAUCCAAUGCUAACCGUAGGGGCAAUCGUCGGCCCAAACCAAAACAUUUGCCCAGUGGCUGCCACACCCACACCUCAUCCUGAGCUGCUGCAGCACCUGCAAAGCUCUGCAAGCAUCCAGCACAGGCCACACUGGCCACCUCUCUCUCACUCUCUUCACUCCCACAGCCGCAGUUUAUAUAAAGCAAAAGCGGAGGAGAGCAACGCGCCACACAAGCAAAGAACUUGGCCCCGCCUCCCGUCUCUUACCGCACAUGCGCGUCGGGCCGCGUCGACAUAGCUGCUUGCCGCCGACACCCGCAGCCGCAAUGGCCGUCGCCCACGCGCCGCCGCGCCGGGGCGUGCUCCCCCUCCUGCUCGUCGCCGCGCUCGUGGCGGCGUUGCCGGCCACCUGCGCCGCGGCCAGGAGCAAGAAGUCGUACACGGCCAUCUUCAGCUUCGGGGACUCGCUCUCCGACGCCGGCAACCUCAUCGUCAACGGCACGCCCAAGGCGCUCACCACCGCGCGCCCUCCCUACGGGAUGACCUUCUUCCGCAAGCCCACCGGCCGCUGCUCCAACGGCCGCCUCGUCGUCGACUUCCUGGCCGAGCAUUUCGGGCUGCCACUGCCGCCACCGUCGCAGGCCAAGGGCAAGGACUUCAAGAAGGGCGCCAACUUCGCCAUCACCGGCGCGACGGCCCUGGAGUACUCCUUCUUCAAGGCGCACGGCAUCGACCAGCGCAUCUGGAACACCGGCUCCAUCAACACCCAGAUCGGCUGGCUCCAGGACAUGAAGCCGUCCCUCUGUAAAUCGGAGCAAGGUCCGGCCCCAAUCUCACCCGCACUGAAUGUUCUCGAAAAUUUUGCAGUGGAUCACCGAAUGUUGGUUGCAGACUGCAAGGAUUACUUCAGCAAAUCCCUGUUCGUCGUCGGGGAGUUCGGGGGCAACGACUACAACGCGCCGCUCUUCUCCGGCGUCCCAUUUUCUGAUGUCAAGACUUACGUGCCCCUUGUUGCAAAGGCUAUCGCCAAUGGCGUUGAGAAACUGAUCGAGCUUGGGGCAACAGACCUCCUGGUGCCUGGCGUUCUCCCAAUUGGCUGCUUCCCGUUGUACCUGACGCUGUACAACACCAGCAGCAAAGCAGACUACAACGCCCGGACCGGGUGCCUUCGGAGGUACAACCGCCUGGCCUUCCACCACAACAGGGAGCUGAAGCAGCAGCUUGACGAGCUUCAGAAGAAGUACCCCAAGACGAAGAUCAUGUAUGGAGAUUACUUCAAGGCUGCACUGCAGUUUGUCGUCAACCCUGGAAAAUUUGGUUUUAGCACGGCCUUGCAGGCGUGCUGCGGCGCAGGAGGGCAGGGCAACUACAACUUCAACCUGAAGAAGAAGUGUGGCGAGCAGGGCGCGAGCGUGUGCUCCAACCCGUCGUCGUACGUGAGCUGGGACGGCAUCCACAUGACCGAAGCUGCGUACAGAAAGGUCGCCAAUGGCUGGUUGAAUGGCCCGUAUGCUCAGCCCCCAAUUCUCAAGUCAUGAUCGAGAUUACUAGGCUGUGCGUAAUACCGCCGCAGCUGCAUGCUGCGGCUAGAGAUAUAUAUGAGGAGUGUUUCAGGCAAUAGAUAUGCUAAGUUAUGGUAAAGCUAUUUGGUCUGUUCAUUGGAAGAUCUGUAUAAACUGCGCCGGUAUAGAUAUGUUCCCAGCUGAAAUGGCUCUAGCACAGAUGUGCAUGGCAUGUUCUCUGAUUCUUUUCAUUUGUUCUAAAAAAAUAUUGCGGCAGUAAUAUGAGUUGAUAAAAGUAACUAAAUUUCUGCAA